AUGACGGUCUGCACUGUCUGGAGAGUCCUCCGAGGUCCGAAAAAGGACUGGCCAUUGGCAGUAUGCGAUCACAGAACUCUCGCUCUCAAGAAUGGUGUGGAGUCCUGUGAUUUUGUUGGGCGUGAAUAUGUAACAGAAGGGCUUGAGUUCUACCAUCGCCCAAUUCAUGUCUAG